AUGGGAGCCAACACAGCUACGGCAGCGCUGGCUCUUCUGGCGGCUGCGCCGGUAACGAUGGCGCAGAAUUGCAUACCCCUUACUGGUUCAACACAAUGUCCAGCUUUCACAUCGGCAUCGAUUUCAACGGACAGUACGCUCGUCGGCUUCUUCCCGUUCCUGCAGUUUGUUUCGAGUACAGCGACCUUUGAUGAACAACUGAGUGCAUACGUUUCGACGAGCUAUGUACGGGAUAAAUACCAAAAUCUCCUCGGCUGUGGAAAUGUUGACCUCACAAACACCACCAACUUGUACGCCCGCUUCACGACCACUGUAAUAUGUAAUGCCAUAAUACAAAAUUCGAAGACAGUGUGUGGUUUAUCUGAUGCAGACUCGCCUCCGGUCUGUGCAGAUACUUGUGCUCAACAAGCCGAGAGCGAAGCUCUUAUCAUCGCCGAUACUUCCCUGUGUUCAAAUCCUGGAAGCAAUGCCGACGCUCAAAUUAGAGCUGAUUUCACAAAUUGUGCCUUGCCCGCCGAUUCAUUAUCCGGCGGCUGCAUCGAGGGCGCGCAGAACGAGCCCGAUAACUGCGGAUUUGGAAAUAGUACAAUCGGCUUCUGUCAGUAUUGCGGGUCGGGGGGAGUGAACAGCACAGACACAUGCUGUUAUAACUCAGGAGCGGAGGAGAGGUGUGCUGGGGUAGUGCUACCAACCAUCACCCCCUUCAUGACCUUUUCGACAAGCCCGCCAACAGCGUCUGCAACGUCUUCACCUUCAGCAACAUCGUCACCGUUGGCAUCAUCGAAAAGCUCAAAGAAAGGGCUAUCCGGGGGAGCAAUCGCAGGAAUUGUCGUUGGUUCGGUUGUUGGAGCGGCACUACUGGCUGGUUUGAUCAUACUCUUUGUGCUCUGCCUGCGCCGCAGACGUGGGAGCCAGAGUGGCAGCGUGCUCAACCAACCAACACCUGCCAGGAGAGGCCAACGUGGCAUGACAUAUAAUCCAGUUGGAGCAACGACCACUCCCGAAGGAUAUGAGGUGCUCCCCGGGGGUCGGAUUGCGCGAAUGUCAGCAUUGGAAGGUCAUUCGGGAGACUCCCCGAGAGAUGGCUUAGAAACCGGUGGAGCAGUUGCGGGGGCUGCCGCAGGAUACGCGGCGGGAAGACGAAGACUUCACGACAAUUCUUCCUCUGAUGAAUAUGGUGAUAGUCCACUUUCGAACAUUCAGGCCGGAGUCCUGCGGCCGCCGCCGGCUGGACGACGACAGGGAUCUCUUUCCAGCAGUUCAGCCCUUGGAGGCGAAGAUCCGCAGUCUCCCCAUUCAGGAAGUGGUGGUGAUAUGUCAUCCCCUCAAGGUAUGACAAGUCAACAGUCCGAGCAGUUACCAUUCUUCAAGGACUAUUACUCCAACGAUGAAAUCCACCCUGGAGACAAGGUCUCGACACUUUGGGCGUACCAACCGCGAGCCGGGGACGAGUUUGCCUUGGAGCGAGGUGAUAUGCUCAAAGUCGUCGGAAUCUGGGAUGAUGGUUGGGCGACGGGUGUAAUGAUGGAUUCACGAGCGGACGAGUGGGAAGCAAAACGAAAAGCGCAACGUGACAGCGGUGUUUCAAACACCUCAGGUCGGAGAGAAUCAUCCCCAACUACCAGUGGUGAGAUUAAGGCUUUCCCUCUGGUCUGCGUGUGCCUCCCGCAACACUGGAGAAAGACGAUCGAGGGUGAUGGGUCCACGGAGACGGGUUCCGACCCACGUGGGGUAAACUCGUGA